AUGAGCAAAAAAAACAUUUUGCUUAAUAUUGCAAAUCAUCUUGAGAUUUGCGAUAUGAAAAAGAAAAAGCCUUCUAUAAGUAACCCUCAAUUGGCUGAGUGGGCAAAGAAAACCUUUGGCUUUCAGAAAGCUCCUGAUGCUUCUACAAUCUCGAAGAUUUUGAAGAGAGGAGACCAAGUCUUGAUAAUGCAAGCCGAUGUAAAGAACAGAAAGUGUGUUAUAAAGGGACAAUGGCCUCAAAUCGAAGAAGCAGUGAUCCUUUGGAUCAACAUUGCUGAAAAUAAUCAGAUUCCUAUCACUUGGGAAUUGAUUAAGACUAAAGCUAUUAUUUUUGCUGAAAGAAUAGACAUUAAAGAUUUUAAUUCUUCUCAAGGCUGA